AUGGGCAUCUUCUCCAACGCACUACGAAUAUCCUCAAGACUACUCUUCCGCCGCAUUUGCCCACUCCCUAUGGGCUCAUCCCACAGCAAGUCAUAUUUGACAACGAGCAAGGUAGUGAAGGCUGCAUUGCCCCAACUGAAAGACCCUUAUGCCUACACUGAUGGCCACUGGCUCCACCGCGACAAAGAGCAACGUCAAGCUCGCCAGCUUGACUUCAAUUUUUCAAAAUUGAGCCAGAUUGCGUUGGAUGCCAUCAAGGAUGCCACAAGAAUAAUUAGCUAUGAAAAGAAGGAGGGGGGUUACAAUCGCGUCUUCAUUUUUAAACUUGACACUGGCGACCAGGUUGUGGCCAAGAUCCCGACCCCGGUGGCUGGUGCACCGUGA